AACGCGGAACUGCAAACGCUCUGCCCCCGGUCGGGACCCAGCGUCCAAACCCAGCCGCCUCCAUGGUCCUCGGCCGCCUGGGGCCACGGGCGUCUCCCGGGUCCGACUCCAGAGCGCGUUUCUUGGGAGAACGGCGGGCACGGGCUCAGGGGCCCGUCCCAACCCGGCGAGGCCUCGUCUCGACCACAUCUGCAAAGGCCCGAUUUCCAAAUAAGGUCGCGUUCCCGGGUCCCAGCGGACACGAACCCGGGGCCCGCGCACCCCGGCGCCGCCGCCAACCCCGGCACCGCGCGAGACCCACAAGGCCGCAGGGGACGCGCGCAGCGCGGGCUCCUCCUCCUACAGCGCACGGAGCUGGCCCGCGCGGAGCCUCCCCUCCAUCAUCUGCGAGGAUUUCCCUUUUAAACGCGAAGGCACCUCCGUGCUCAUCGCUCGCGUGACUCCACGCGGCACCCGCGGGCGCGCCUGCCCGGCCGCCCCCGCAGCCCGAAUCUCCGCCCGGCGCAGCUCUGCGCGCUGCCGCCCUCCUGCCAGCAGGGGGCGCAGCCGCCGCUCUCCCCGGAAGUCCCGCCCUGGCCGGAAGUGGGACGUCCAUGCGUCUGGAAAGAUGGCGGCGUCCAGGAACACUGUGGAGGCCGGCCUGGGUGGAUCCCGGGGACGGGUGGUCCGCAUGAAGCGCAGAGGCUGCCGCGGGUCGCGCCGCGGCCCUGGCGGCGGUGGGGAGAAGGUCCUGAAGAGGCUUAAGCUAGCGGUGGAAGAGUUCGUGCAGGCGACCUCCGAGGGCGAGGCUCCAGUGAGCUGCGGGGGGCGCGGCGCUCCGGUGCGCUUCCGCCCGGGAGGGAGGAAAAGCCGCAAGGAACUGAGGAAGGAGAAGCGGCACCUGCGGAAAGCACGCCGGCUGCAGAGGUCGGCGGGCCCCAACCAGGGUCCCGGCCCCGGAGGCGGAGCCGCAGAAGCUAGUGGUCCCCGGCGGGACACAGAGGACCGCGCCCGCCCAGCUCCUAGUCGGGACCCCUCGCCUCCCAAGGAGCCGCGGCCGUCCCGGGCCAGGGCCAAGGCCAAGGUCCAGGCCCCUCCCGGGAAGACCAGACCCUCCGCAGCCGCCACCGCCGCUGCCCGGAAACGGGCGCUUCUAGCGGCCAACGAGGAGGAGGACCGAGAGAUCCGAAAGCUGGAGCGUUGCCUCGGCUUGAACAAGCGCAAAAAGAAGGACGGCGGCAGCUCCAUACCGCUGAGCUUUGCACGCGACGGGCUCGACUAUAUUCUGGGAGCCCUGGAGUCUAAGAAAAAUAGCGGCUUGUACGACAGCAGUGGUGAGGAGGAGGAGGAGGAAGAUGCCGGACAGACACUCCCCGAAAGUGACUUAGAGAGCGACUCCCAGGACGAAAGUGAGGAGGGCGAGGAAGAGGAGGACAUAGAAAAGGAAAAGAAGGCGCUGCAAGCGGAGAGCGAGGACGACGACGAGGAUUUAGAACAGGAACCGGGGGAAGAAAAGGAAAAGGGAUCGCAGGAGAAAAGGAGGGAGAAGGGAGUCCGUUUUACAGAAGGUGAAGAAAAGAGUGAAAAUUCCUCGGAGAACGGUGACGUAACCGAUCAGCAGAGUCUUUGUGAAAGUGGUGAAAGGUAUGUCCCACCUCAUGUGAGGCGAGCUGAGGAAACAGUGGACUUCAAGAAAAAGGAAGAACUAGAAAGGCUAAAGAAACAAGUGAAAGGUCUCCUUAACAGGCUGAGUGAACCCAACAUGGCUUCCAUCAGUGGGCAGCUGGAGGAGCUCUACAUGGCCCACAGCAGGAAGGAUAUGAAUGACACCCUGACCUCCGCCCUCAUGGGUGCCUGCGUCGCUGCCUCAGCCAUGCCCAACAGGCUGAUGAUGGAGCAUGUUCUCUUAGUCAGCAUCCUUCACCACACGGUUGGAAUCGAGGUCGGUGCUCACUUUCUGGAGGCGGUGGUGAGGAAGUUUGAUGACGCCUAUAAACACGGAAGCGAAGGGAAAGAAUGUGCCAACCUGUUCACCAUUAUUGCUCAUUUAUACAACUUCCACGUGGUGCAGUCUCUCCUCGUCUUCGACAUUUUGAAAAAACUUACUGGAACUUUCACCGAAAAAGAUAUUGAACUGAUCUUGUUAAUGCUGAAAACUGUGGGCUUUUCACUGAGAAAAGAUGAUGCUUCAUCACUCAAGGGACUGAUCACCGAAGCCCAGACCAAAGCCAGCAGCUCAGGCCACAGGUUUCAGGACCAGACCAGGAUUCGGUUUAUGCUGGAGACGAUGUUGGCCCUGAAGAACAAUGACAUGCGCAAAAUUCCAGGCUAUGAUCCCGAACCUGUGGAGAAGCUGAGGAAACUGCAGAGAGCUUUGGUCCGCCAUGCCGGCUCAGGUUCUGAGACUCAGCUUCGCGUCUCCUGGGACAGCAUCUUGAAUGCGGAACAGACGGGUCGCUGGUGGAUUGUGGGGUCUGCCUGGAGCGGGGCCCCAAUGAUUGACAACAGUCAGCUUAUGCACCUGCAGAAGCAGCCAGCGGGGACGGUCAGCUCAAAGAUCCUAGAACUCGCCCGGAAGCAGAGGAUGAACACAGACAUCAGGAGAAACAUAUUCUGCACGAUCAUGACAAGUGAAGAUUUUCUGGAUGCUUUCGAAAAGCUUCUGAAGCUUGGACUUAAGGAUCAGCAAGAGAGAGAAAUCAUUCAUGUUCUCAUGGAUUGCUGCCUUCAAGAGAAAACUUACAAUCCCUUCUAUGCUUUCUUGGCUAGCAAAUUCUGCGAAUAUGAAAGGAGAUUUCAGAUGACUCUCCAGUUCAGCAUAUGGGACAAAUUUCGGGACCUGGAAAACUUGCCAGCUGUGAAUUUCUCUAAUUUGGUUCAUCUGGUGGCUCACUUGCUAAAGACAAAAUCGCUUUCACUUUCCAUUUUAAAGGUAGUUGAAUUCAGUGAAUUGGACAAACCCAGAGUCCACUUUCUACGAAAAGUGUUAAGUAUCCUGUUAAUGGAAACAGAAGUUGAAGACCUCGGUUUAAUUUUCACACGAGUGUCUGACAACCCGAAGCUGGGGAUACUGCGUGAGGGCUUGAAGCUGUUCAUCAGCCACUUCUUGCUAAAGAACGCACAGGCCCACAGAAGCGCCGAGGAAGCCAACGUGCUGAGAGCGAGAGCUGACCUUGCUACAAAGGCUCUGCAAGGAAAAGCUGCCCUGAGAAUGUAGUCAGGGAAAAAGGAGCGCAGGUGGCCCUUUGACUGUCAACCGUCCUUAUUCUGUUGGCUGCGUGUGAAAGUUUGCUAGAGCUGUGUCACUGUCUGUUGUUGUAUUAUGUUUUGAGAUAACGUUUUUUAUCUAAGGUUUUACAGUUUGUAUUCCGAACCAUUUUUAAAUAACUAUACCUUGGGGGUGAGAGGAGGAGGGAGGGGAAGGAGGUGCAGGCACACUGGACAGGGUUCUCUAAGCAGUGAGGCUGGGAUGUGAUCGUCUUACAGUUUUUCAGUAGAUAUGGCCAAGCCUGACGGCUCACCCCUGUCAUCCCAGCACUUUGGGAGGCUGAGGCAGGCGGAUCACUUGAGGCCAGGAAUUUGAAACCAGCCUGGGCAACAUGGCAAAACCCCAUCUCUACUAAAAAUACAAAAAUGAGCCAGACAUGGUGGCACAUGCCAGUAAUCCCAGCUACUGGGGUGGCUGACCACACAAGAAUCACUUGAACCCCAGAAGUAGUUGCAGUGAGCGGGGAUUGCACCACUGCACUUCCCCCUGGGCUGGACAGUGAGACUUUGACAGACUGUCAAAAAAAUUAAUAGAUAAGAUAGGCCACUAGAGGGUGCAGCUAUAAAGAAGUUGAUGAGUUUUACCUUUUUAAAGUAUUGACACGGAGUCUCGCCUUGUUGCCCAGGCUGGAGUGCAGUGGUGUGCGACCUUGGCUCACUGCAACCUCUACCUCCUGGGUUCAAGCGAUUCUCCUGCCUCGGCCUCCUGAACGGCUAGUACUACAGACGUGCACCACCAUGCCUGGCUAAUUUUUGUAUUUUCAGUAGAGUUGGGGUUUCACCAUGUUGGCCAAGAUGGUCUUGAACUCCUGACCUCAGGUGAUCCACCCGCCUCGGCCUCCCAAAGUGCUGAGAUUACAGGCACGAGCCACCGUGCCUGGCUUAAAUGUGAUCCUUGAUAUUUUAAGUAUUUGGGAUGCAGCUGAACUUUGGAAAAAUCGGCUGACAUAAGCCCUGUGGAUAUGGUCUUAGGUACAGUGUAGUACAGACAGGCGAUUUUCAUCGCCCCUCAGGUAGCAUUUUGACAGUAGAGGAUAUUCAUCUCACUAAUUCCAUACUGCAAAUGUACCUUCUUAAGGAACUCUGAGGACACCACAUAGUAGUUAUUUGACUCUUAAUAGGUGCUGCUUGUUUGCAAGGAUUUGGAGACGUAAACAUGAAGAAAAUGCAGUAAUUUCUGCCGGCAGAGAACUAACGGCAUUUAGCUAGUGAGGGGAGCAAACACACCCCACUUGCUAAGUCUGGAAAAGCAAUUCUGUGAGGAAGCAGAAAGGGUCCUGGACACCCAGCCUCUCUAGCGGCUACUCAGAUGUUGAGUGUUUCCCAGCACUUACAUUUUCCUUUUCUCCCUCAAAUGCUACAGACGUAACCUUUGAUUGUUGAAAAAAGUCACUAAGAUAUGGAUAUAGAAUAGACACUGAGAAGUUACUUAGGUCCAAGUCCAGUUGCUGCUGUCCUCUUUCCAAGUGGUCAUGUUGGGCAGAUGGGCACAGGUGCUGGUGAUGUCACUCCCAUGCAAAACACCCCCUUUGUGGCACUUUCAGAUUUUUUUUUUUUUAAGAGAGAGACAGGUUCUCACUCCGUCACCCAGGCAGGAGUGCAGUGGUGCGACCAUAGUUACUGCAGCCUCCAAUUCCUGGACGGAAGCAGUCCUGCCUCAGCCUCCCGGGUAGCUAGGACCACAGGCGAUAGAGACGAGAUCUCCCUGUGCUAUACAGGCUGGGCCUGAACUCCCGGCCUCCCAAGCACAGGGAUCAUAGGUGUGAGCCCCCAUGCCUGGCCUCAGAUUUUAUUCUAACUCGGCCCUAUAGCCGUUUAUGUUUCACCGUCAGAACGUGCAGGCGUAAGUCUCUCUUACCCCUAAGCUAACGCUUUAAGUUUUGAAGCGUGUGCAAGCAGCAUGAAGAUGCAGAAGGUAGCUGUGAAGCAGCACGGACUGUCCUCCGCCUACAGACAUCCUGUGCCAGCCUUCAGCACUGCCCUUCCACCCCAGGGCAAUGUCUGUCUUCUAGCAGGUUCUGAAUUCAGUGACAGGUACUAAGAGGAGUGAAUUAAGUGAAAAUCUUCCCCUUGUUAAGGAGCUUUUUAACAAGAAUGUCUUUGCUGGGUGGUGAUGGGGACAUAACAGACAGUUCCACUGGAUGCGUAGCUUGACAGUAAGAUAAGGAGCUUGGGCUGGGGUAUAAAUCCACACACUGCUCUCUUCCUCAGGAAAGUCGUGCUGUGAAGAAAAUGUCAGUUGAACUAAAUUGUGCUUAACGCCACACUCGAUUUGCAUUCUGAUGCAAGCCCCAGCUCACAGACCAAGGGGAUCCCUGGCAGCCUGGGAAUAGACCACAUUGGAGUGGCGUUAACAUAACGAUGUCGGCCGGGCGGGUGGAUCACAAGGUCAAGAGAUCGAGACCAUCCUGGUUAACAUGGUGAAACCCUGUCUCUACUAAAAAUACAAAAAUUAGCUGGGCACGGUGGCACGUGCCUGUAGUCCCAGCUACUCGGGAGGCUGAGGCAGGAGAAUUGCCUGAACCCAGGAGGCGGAGGUUGCGGUGAGCCGAGAUUGUGCCACUGCACUCCAGCCUGGCGAUGGAGCGAGACGCUGUCUCCAAAAAAAAAGCACAACCGAUGUCAAUAAGAAUGAAUUAUGGGUGGAACUACUAAGAUUAGGAAAAAGUAUCACAACAGCAGCACUGUCUGACUUCAUUAUGUGUCACAUGCAGCAACCCUUGUUUGAGGUAGAGAUGAACCGAAGCUGAUUUUCCUGCAAAGAUAAAUUUCUAUAAACAAUUCCAUUUUUAUAUUGUCUUUUAUUACUAAAAAUACCUCUCUUUGCUAUAGGGUAUAUUUAUGACUUAAAUUAUUAGCUAAGGUUUGCAUUUCAUAUAUGGUAGAUUGCCUGUAAGUCUGCACAUUUUAACAACAUAUGGGCCAGGUGGGGUGGCUCACGUCUGUAAUCUCAGCACUUUGGGAGGCUGAGGCGGGUGGAUCACUUGAGCUCAAGAGUUUGAGACCAGCCUGGCCAACAUGGCGAAACCCCGUCUCUACUAAAAAUACAAAACUUAGUUGGGCGUGGUGGCAGGCACUUGUAAUCCCAGCUACUCCGGAGACUGAGCAAGAGAAUCGCUUGAACCUGGGAGAUGGAUGUUGCAGUGAGCAGAGAUGGUGCCACUUCACUUCAGCCUCGGUGACAAGAGUGAAACUGUCUCAAAACAAAAAAACAUAUAUGGGCUGUUAAGUAGUAAUUAUACUUUAGUAUAGAUAGUAAAUACAUCUUGACUAAAAGCUAUGAAUUCAGAAUUGCUUUUAAAUAUAUAGGUUUUUAAAAUUUAUUCCAAUGCAAUUGAAAAUACACGUAAACUACAGGAUGCUUAGACAAUGCUCAGUGUUACAUGUGAACUUGUGGACUCUGUGGUGUGGUUUGAGGACUGCUAAUGUAGGGGAUCUCGUCUUUAGGGUAUAAGGAUCAAACUUUAAUGUAUUGAAGUGUGUAAAUAAAUUUUAUUUUUUAAUACUU